AUGGCUGGUGGAGAUGUCCUGAUUCUCUGGUUGGUUUUUAAUUCCAGGGCAACCGCUUGCUUCAACUGCUUCUCCACGGCAGCCCAGCGUCUGCGCAUAUGCCAAUAUUUUUGGGGCUAUCAGAGUGAGAAGCAUCAAACCUGCCUAGGGACUUUAGAAACGGCCUUCCGUCCCUUGAGCAAGACUCAGGUGGAUGUGUCUGAAAUAGAGAAGCUGAAGGAUGCUUUCGGCAGGGUGGUUUUCUUCUUGGAAGAGAAAGGCAUGGGCAAAGCCCUUUUCCAGCAAGCGGUUCCCGAGGCUGUGAAAGAGGUGGAAAACGAAGUAGCACAACUCAAAGCAGGUUACCAGAAAGAAGCUCACCACUACAAAUGUUCCUCUUGUUCCAUUGUGGAUUGCCAGCUACCCAUCGAUUGCCCAAUUCAGGAUAUGCACAAAUUGGAAGGAGAUGCAACUUUUCUGAACUGUGAAGUCGCCUUCCGGACUUCCUCGGAUCGAACCUUCCGGUGGAAAUUUGUCAAAGAUCUCAGGACGGAGGAACUGUUUCUCUUCCAUGACCUUAAUUUUGGAGUCAACCCUUCCCUCCUCAUUCGACCCACCCUGGGAUCCCAUCACGGGACCUUUGCCUGCGAACUUGAAGAGGACAAUGACGUGGUGAUCAGGAAGUAUUUUUAUGUCAACGUGACAGAAAAAAGGCUUGGGGAAGAGAAAAAGCUGCAAGAAAUGUUUAAAGCCAUCCUGAAUUCCCCACCGGAGUCAGGACAGGAAGCAGUGGUGGUGAACAAGCUACCUUCCCUUCAAGAUCUGCUGUCCCAGCCUGAUUAUCUCCAGAAAAGGGGAGUCAUUGUGCUUAUCCUUGGAAUAACUGGGAUAUCCCUGCUUGUUACUUUAGCCGUUCUGUCGCUGUAUCGCUGGGCGACGGACUUCAAGCCGUGA